GUUUUGUUGGCACAGUUGAGAUGACAGUGACACCUGUCAAAUUAGUGCCAGUUACUCAUUAUUUGUUUUCAUUAUAAAAGUUUACCAAUUCUGGAUUUUGCUUUUAGAUCAGGUGCUAGCAACCUGGUAGUUAAAAGAAGUUAUUUUGCAGUUUAAUUCACAGUAUGUUUGAAUUCGAUGAUGAAUAUUAUGUUGAAGAAGAUAAAAUUUUUGUUGUUUAAUGUGUUGUGCUGAUUACAAUGUGGCAACUUCAUGAAACCCCUAAUCCUGACUACCAAUAUGCCCCGUUGCCGCUAGAGAUUGGCUAUGUGGAGUCACAACCUUUUGAGGACAAAAAAGUUCAUCAAACACCUGCUCUUCCAAAAGAAGAGAAUGGAAAUGAAGAAGAAGAAGGUGGUGAUGAAAAAAAAGAUAACGAAGAAGAAGACCCUCUCUUGGAAGUGAUAUCCAUUUACAAUAACAUGGAUGAGCGUACUCAGCUCUUAGGCCCUCACUACACGCACCGUGACACAUUGGGAAUGACCAUAACCUCUGGGGUUGUCACCAUAACCAAGGACCAGGGGAAUCUUAUUGGGAUCAGUAUCGGAGGAGGGGCCCCUCUCUGCCCCUGCCUCUACAUAGUGCAGGUAUUUGACAACACUCCAGCUGCCAAGGAGGGAACGUUGGAGAGCGGAGAUGAGCUGGUUGGAGUCAACGGUCAGUCUGUCAAGGGCAAGACCAAAGUGGAAGUGGCCAAGAUGAUUCAGGCCUGCAAGGGAGAGGUGCAGAUUAAAUACAACAAGCUUCACGCAGACCCACAACAAGGCAAGAGUCUCGACAUAAUUCUGAAGAAAGAGAAACACCGGCUCGUGGAGAAGAUGAGCACGACAACGGCCGAUGCUCUAGGCCUCUCUAGAGCCAUUCUCUGCAAUGAUCUACUGGUGAAAAAGCUAGAGAGUCUGGAAGCACAGGAGGCGACGUACCGUACACUCAUCGAGCAUACCAACAAACUGCUCAAUGCGUUCUUCCUGCUGCUAAAGCAGUAUAAAGCGUUUGGAGACGUGUUUGCUGGCAUAGGGGUGCGUGAACCACAGCCCCGAGCUAGUGAGGUCUUCAACCAGUUUGGAAAUUAUCAUCGACAGAUGGCCAAACUGGGAGUGGCAGCCCUGGAGGCUCUCAAACCGAUCCUCUCAGACCUAGAAACCCACCUCACCAAAGCCAUUCCUGAUACCAAGCAGACUAUCCGGAAAUACGCGGAUACUAAGUUUGAGUAUCUGUCUUACUGCUUGAAGGUGAAAGAGUGGGAUGAUGAGGAGUACAGCUACUCAGCCUUGCAGGAACCUCUUUACCGUGUGGAGACAGGAAACUACCAAUACCGCCUGAUCCUCAGAUGCCGGCAGGACGCCAGGGCACGUUUCGCCAAGCUGCGAUCCGAUGUCUCUGUCAAACUCGAGAUGUUGGAGAACAAGCACGUGCAGGAUAUGGUCAGCCAGCUACACAAGUUGGUGUCUAACUUAAGUCAUUUCCACGAGGAGACGCUCAGCGUAUUUCCUGCUUCUAUGUUCCCCAUAGAGAUGGACCUGAGUCGUAGUGCCUUCCACUACAAAUCUGCCAUGCCAGUUGUUCAGUACGAAGACGAUGACGAGGAGAUUUUACCAGCUGAAGAAGCAGUGGAGGAACCUUGCCUGAACGAUAAUAACUUAUUGGAUGGUGUAGAACAACUCAAGCUGGACUUGUCCCAACCACCUCCUGAGCAGUCUCUAGGUUCAGACUUUGAACUUUUCAAAGACCUCCAAAUAAACACAUCAGACCAGCUGAUCCCCGGACUUGAUCUCUCACCGACACCUACUGACGAUCUGAUUGGAAUGCACUAAUACCGUAAUAUAUUGUUUGGUUGUAUGAUGA